AUGGCAGAGAUGGAGGAAGAGCUGAAGUGCCCGGUGUGCGGCUCUCUGUACCGGGAGCCGAUCCUGCUGCCGUGCUCGCACUCGCUGUGCCUGGCCUGCGCCCGCCAUAUCCUGGUGCAGACCCCGGACUCGGAGCUCCCCCCCGGCCGCCGGGCCUCCGCGCUCUCCGACUAUGACUACCUGGACCUGGACAAGCUGAGCCUGUACAGCGAGGCGGACAGCGGCUACGGAUCGUACGGCGGGGGCGUGGCCAGCGCUCCCACCACGCCCUGCCAGAAAUCCCCCAACGGAGUGCGCGUCUUCCCGGCCCCGCCCCCAGCCCCGCCCCAGGCCACGCCCCCGCGGAACGCCUGCCUCACCUGCCCGCAGUGUCACCGCAGCCUGCUGCUGGACGAGCGGGGGCUCCGCGGCUUCCCCCGGAACCGCGUGCUGGAGGGCGUGAUCGAGCGCUUCCAGCAGGGCAAGGCGGCCGCGCUCCGCUGCCAGCUCUGCGAGAAGAACCCCAAGGAGGCGGCCGCCAUGUGCGAACAGUGCGACGUCUUCUACUGCGAGCCCUGCCGCCUGCGGUGCCACCCGCCCCGGGGGCCCCUGGCCAAACACCGCCUGCUCCCCCCGGCACAGGGCCGCAUCAGCCGCCGGCUCAGCCCCCGCAAGAUCGCCACCUGCACCGAGCACGAGCUGGAGAACCACAGCAUGUACUGCGUGCAGUGCACCGUGCCCGUCUGCUACCAGUGCCUGGAGGAGGGCAAGCAUGCCAGCCACGAGCUCAGGGCGCUGGGGGCCAUGUGGAAGCUGCACAAGAGUCAACUUUCCCAGGCCCUGAGUGGGUUGUCAGACAGAGCGAAGGAGGCCAAAGAAUUCCUUGUACAACUGCGGAAUAUGGUCCAGCAAAUCCAGGAGAAUAGCGUGGAGUUUGAAGCCUGUCUGGUCGCCCAGUGUGACGCUCUGAUUGACGCGCUGAACAGGAGAAAGGUUCAGCUUCUCGCUAGGGUUAACAAGGAGCACGAGCACAAGCUGAAGGUUGUGCGCGAUCAGAUCUCUCACUGCACUGUGAAACUGCGCCAGACCACAGGAUUGAUGGAAUAUUGCCUCGAAGUUAUCAAAGAAAAUGACCCCAGUGGCUUUCUGCAGAUUUCAGACGCCCUUAUACGACGAGUGCACCUCACCGAGGACCAAUGGGGAAAGGGAACGCUUACUCCGAGAAUGACAACGGAUUUCGACCUAAAUCUCGACAGCGCGCCUCUCCUCCAGUCAAUUCACCAGCUGGAUUUUGUGCAGAUGAAAGUUCCCUGUCUAGUACCAGCACCCCCAAUUCUGCAGAUGGAGGAAUGUUGCACCCACAAUAACAGUGCCACCUUGUCGUGGAAGCAGCCGCCGCUGUCCGUGGUACAGGCCGAGGGAUACAUUCUGGAGCUGGAUGAUGGCAAUGGCGGACAGUUCAGGGAGGUGUUUGUUGGGAAAGAAACCAUGUGUACCGUGGACGGCCUUCAUUUCAACAGCACGUACAACGCUCGCGUCAAAGCCUUUAACAAGGCCGGGGUCAGUCAGUACAGUAAGACUCUGGUUCUGCAGACCUCGGAAGAACUGGGGCAGGACACAGAAGAGAGAAUUCAAUUCCAGAGAGAAGGGAGGCUACUUAGCUUGUCUGCCACAGAUGUCUCGAGAAUAAUGAGUCCUGUGCCAGGUCCUUAUCCUCGAAUGUCAACUACACUUGCAGCUCGACUGCAACUCAACUCCAUCCCCUCUCCACUCGAAUUCCUUCAACACCCAGAACAGGAAUCAUGUGUUUCCCCAGAUACGUGGAGAGAGCACCCAUGGGUCUGGGUCAAAGUUGAUAUAAAGAAACUGGUGGCAGUUGCCUGGUUCGCCUUUGAUCCCAGCUCAGCGCACUCAGACAUUAUCUUCUCCAAUGACAAUCUGACCGUCACAUGCAACAGCUAUGAUGACAGGGUAGUGCUCGGAAAAACAGGCUUCUCUAAGGGGCUUCACUACUGGGAGCUGACCAUCGACCGGUAUGAUAAUCACCCAGACCCAGCCUUUGGCGUGGCCCGUAUUGAGGUGUUGAAAGAUGUCAUGCUGGGAAAAGACGACAAGGCUUGGGCGAUGUAUGUGGACAAUAACCGCAGCUGGUUCAUGCAUAACAAUUCCCACACCAACAGUGUUCCUUUAAUGAUCGGUGAAAGCAGUUCUGACAGCUGCCACCCGGGAACACAACGAUCUAGGAAGAAUCCAAAGGCUCUGUCAGUAGGAAGCCUGAGACUUCAUUCUGCAUCUUUCAAAUCCAACUUUUCUAAAACCAUCAUCGCCCGAUACCCAUCAAUGGAUUUCAUCCCAUUUAGAGGGACUGAAGGUGGAAUCACGAAGGGAGCGACCGUUGGGGUUCUGCUGGACUUUAACAGAAGAACUUUGACAUUCUCCAUCAAUGAAGAACAGCAGGGACCAGUUGCAUUUGAAAACAUGGAGGGAUUAUUCUUUCCUGCCGUGAGCUUGAAUAGAAAUGUUCAGGUAACACUUCAUACUGGUUUGCCGAUUCCAGAGUUCUAUAGCUCCAGAGCGUCUAUACAGCCUUAAAACAGGCAGUGGGGUGGGAACAUACUUUUCUCUGCCACCCUUUACCUUGAACCCUCAUAAGCAGCAAACAAGCAUUUAACCAUUUGAAAGCCAGAAAAAUGAAAACAAAAUGGCAACUUGGACAUCGGAUAUCCAGAAGGAUAUAAGGAUACGGGGAAGUAGUAGCAGGUCUCUGCGUACAGAGCAACGUGUUCUUUCAAUGUGAAUUUAUGCUUUAGUGUAUUUCUCCCCUGACCUACAGAUUAUUCUAGAUAGCCUGAAUUGUUAGGUCUGGUUUAUUUUUGGUUGUGCGAUACAUUAUUAUUAUUAUACAUAUUUUUUUUUUAAUGUACAGAAAUACAUGCUGUUGUCAUUGAAAACAAACAAAAAAUAUAUGUUGAUUCAGUGGAGUGCCAGAGAGACUUGGAAUUAGUUUUUUUUUUUAAAGAAACUACAAAGCAGGAUGCUAAUGUUACCAGCAAGAAGAUACGUCCACACCUCAGACGUGAAUCAAGAACAGGUUGUAAUUGUCAGGGUUUGACUAAAUGUGAAAUGCCAGUGUUGCACACAAAUGGUUGUUUCCUGAUAUUUUGUUACAAUUAAUAAUAGGACAUUCAUUGCUCUUAUCAUAAUAUCCAUCAGAUCCACUGAAUUAUGGGAAGAAACUCUUGUGUCUGUACUCUAAUCCUCGAUGGACAAUGACUGACUUGGAGCCAAGAUGGAGGCGCCCAGUUGUAGGCUAAAGGAGUGCAGUUUUCUACAUUUUGAAUUACAUUUUUUACACAUUUGUUUCAUGUAGGGAUAAGUAAUCAUAACAUUAAAUAACCUGGGAAGGGACAGUCCCCCUUUAAAGGGACAGUACUGCCCAGCAUGAGCUCAUAUAGUAUGUUCUGUUUAAAGGGACAGUAAUUCUGUCCGUGUCAGUGCUGGUUAUAUUAUUCAGGGAGUGACAUUUCAUAGCUUUGAAUAAUAGUCAUCAAUCUAUCAGAAUUCACAAAAUCAUAGUUUACAGCAAUCCAGCUGCCAUUGGAACCAUCUACAGCAGUGAAAAUCCCAAUAAUUCUUAUCUAAAUUUACAAAACCGUUGACAUCUCCACAUUGAGAAUUAUACAAUUAAAGUGACGCUUGAGCCUUAACUCCACUCCCUUUGAUUCCACGAAGGUCCGUGCCUGUAGGUGCCUCCAUUACAUUCCGCUGUAUCAUUGUUUAGUGAAUGGAAGGAAGCGGCGGUCAUUACAUAACCAGCAAUACGGAAGAAUUUGUAACAACGCAGAAAACAAAUUGAAAAGAUGUCACAUCAGUAUUUCAGAGAUAGAUGAAUGAAUGUAAAUAGGUGAUUUUGCCGUUUGUGUUAAAUAUACAUUAUAUAGAAAGACGACCGUUGCUAAUUUAUUUUAACGGGUGCUAUUGUGUCCACUUUACUGUAUAUCCAUUAGCUAAUCUUAGCUACAGAAGAACUCUGUUGCCGGACAACGCUGACGCGGUUUAUUUUCCAGAAGAGACCCGAUGGCUGGGCCACUGAGGGUUUAAUGACACCCCUCUUAGGAAUCCUCUAUACCCUAACAAAGCUUUUAGAAUCCUAGUGACUUGUAUCAUGUAUUCCCAAUUGUACGUGUAGCUAUCGCUCCCCACAGCCUCUGUAUGAAGGAAGAGAAAUUAUGUUUGCCGUUCCAAUAAAUACAUUUUAUGAAUGAUUCUAGGCGUUGUAUAGCGUUUCAUUCAUAUAGCAACCAGAUUAUUAUAAUUUUGUUUUAUAGCAAAACCUGCUAAACGCAGUUCUGCAAGGUUUUAUUUAAAGGAGCACUAUAGGGUCAGGAACACAAACAUGUAUUCCUGACCCUAUAGGGUCAAAACCACCAUCUAGCCACCCUGGUCCCCUCAUGCCUCCAUAAAUAUAGUAAAAUCGUACUUGUAUUCAAGCCUGAAGCUGUAACUCUGCAUGCUGUUUGCCUCAGAAAAGCAGUCUUCUGACAUCAGAAGUGGUAGCCUGAUCCAAUCACAUUGCUUCCCCAUAGGAUUGGCUGAGACUGACAAAGAGGCAGAGCCAGCACAAUUCAAAC